AUGCCUUACGACUCCUUGAUCAGCGAUCCACUUCUCCCAGAGGCCGAUCCAACAGUCUCUUACUGGCAAACACCGCUGAACGAGAAUGUUAGGAACAUUCAAUCAGUACAACUACCAGCCAAUUGCGACAUUGCCGUCAUCGGUUCUGGUGUCUCAGCUUGCAGCACGGUUCACGAGCUUCUGACGAGCGGUUAUACUGGCAAAAUCGGGGUCCUCGAAGCACGACAGAUAUGCUCUGGUGCAACAGGUCGAAAUGGCGGACGUAUCCACGUUCAUGCGAUGCAAGACUAUGACCGAUUCCGUCAACGCCUCGGAGAUGCGGCAGCAGAGAAGAUUGUCCGGUUUCAAAUGUUGCACUACGAGGCGAUUGAGAAGGUUGCCAAAUCUCUCGGCCCAGAAGGUUUCAAGCAGGCAGCUCUGCGCGAAACUCAAUCAGUUGCCGCAGCUUUCAGUGAGAAAAAGCUUGCUGAUAUGAAGACAAUGUUGGCCAACUUUGAGGCCGCGUUCCCGGACUGGGCUGGUCGUUGGAAAAUCGUGGAGGCUGAGGAGGCACAGAAGGAAUAUAAGAUCAAGAAUGCAACCGGGGCUAUGAUUGGCGUUGCUGGAGCGAUCUGGCCGUAUCGGCUGAUGACCGCUGUCUUUGCCGCGCUCCAAGAAAGAUACCCUGGGCGCCUUUUCCUCGAGUCCAAUACGCCUGUGACAUCUGUGCAUAAGAAUUCAACGCCAGACUACGCAUACUCACUCCACACCCCGCGCGGUAUCAUUCAAGCUCAACACGUCGUUUACUGUACGGAAGCUCAUACGGCCCAUUUGCUCCCAAAAUUCAAAGGCAUAAUCGUUCCACGUCGUGGGCAGGUCAUGGUCCAGCGACCUGGUAUUGAUUUUGAGGAUCUAUCCGGAGAUCGCUCGUGGAGCUUUUAUCUGGAUGAAGGGCUUUUCUACCUGCACCAGAACGCAGCCACCGGAGAUAUCAUUCUCGGUGGAGGAGAGCUUGGAGGCUUCGACGGUGCACACAAUAGCUAUGGUAAGCGUUCCGAUGCCAGAGAGUCGCUCGCUGCCAAGACGCAUCUUUCGGGCGCUUUGCGGGUGAUCUUUGAACACUGGGGUGAAAUUGCUCCGAAUGAACAGUCCAUAAAGGCAUCCUGGUCCGGCAUCAUGGCGAACUCAUUGGAUCAUCUACCCUUCGUAGGCCAGCUUCCCCAGGAGGCAAUCGAUACUCGUCGCAUCGGUCAACCAGAGACUGGUGCGGAGUGGAUAUGUGCCGGGUUCAGUGGGUUUGGAAUGACGAAUGCUUGGAUGAGUGGUGUUGCCCUAGCAAGGCAAAUAACUGGAAAGGAAGUUCCUACGUGGUUCCCUGAUCACUAUAGAAUCUCAUCGCAGAGAAUUCGUCAAUUGCAAAUGCAAUUGGCGCAUAUUGGAGGCUCUGAGGAGCAUCUUCGUGCAUUGUACUCGAAGUUAUGA